UGAUUUUUAAUUUUAUGAACACUUGCGACUUGCUCUGUGUUUAUGUAGAGUUAACAAAACAAAAAGUGUUGUACCGGUUAUAUCUUUAGUAAUUCACUAGUUUUUAUACGAAAACGCAUCUAAGCUCAAGUGAAUAUACCUGCUUCAAUCGCUAAGAAAAGAUUUAUAAUUAAAUCGUACUUUCAUCACACACAACAUGAUUCCCGGAGAAAUAUUUGCAGAAGACAUGAUGAGUACCAUCAUACGGUAUGGCUUGUAUAUUGGAGCAGCUUUUCAACUGGUCUGCUUAUUAGCAAGCGUUACCCUCACUGACGACCAGAGUGAACCGUAUCCUUAUGAAAAGACAUACACAGAUAGUGACGAGUGCAGCUCUGAACAGUCAUCUCCGGGGCACAGAGCAACUAUAUCUCGUGCUAGACGCCAUGAUAAGAAGAAACGACGAUAAACUAUGUAAAAGCAGGGAAUGGUA